GAUUCAGUUUCAGACACACGACCAUCUCGAACGACCAUCUCGAACCACCACCGUUCGUCUCCCGACCGAUCUUCAAACCAGGAAAAAAAAACCUGUCUUUAUCAAUCACCUCUAUAUCUCUCAGAUCCAUUAUUCGCGCAAUCAAAGCUUCGCGAUUUGCAAAUCGCCUGGCUGUGAUCCGCGUACGUCCACUGGUACCCUGAGAAAAGAAAAUGCGCGGAGCUUCAAAUCUGGAAUCGAAUCAAGCGAUCGAGAUCAUAAACUAGGGUUUUGACCGUCGAUCCUGCGAUGGGUAGAAGCUGCGUCUCGUCACUUCUUCUUCUGUUGAUUCUGUUCGUCUCCAAUGCUUCAUCUCGUGGUUUAGCAGACGAACAAGCACCGAAAGAUUCUUCGAAUUCAACCACUACACAACAAAGUCCUCCCUUGCCUAAUGUUGGAGAUGUAAAAGCCAAUGCGACCUCAUCACUGCCAGCUAGUAACUCGACGAGUCCUGAUCCUAAGGAGCCUGAUUCCGCGAGCCUACCACCACCACCACCACCACCACCGCCGCCGCAGCAGCUGCAAGCUGAAGGGGAAAAGAAUGUCACGGUAGUGUCUAAUACGACGGAGGCGAUAAGCCCGCCUCCAGCUAACCAAACAGAGAGCGUGGAUAACGGAAAGUUACCGGAGAAAAUGGCGCCGCCUCCAAAGAGUGGGGAAAAAGGGAAGGUGGCGGAGACGGGGAACCCGCCUCCGGGUAAAGAUCCUGAGAAGGUGGAUGACGCUAAGGGAAGCUCAGAGUCUGUUAUUGUAGAGACAUGUUCAGGGAAGUCUAAGAUAUGUAGAACUGAGAAUUCAUUGGUGGCCUGCACUUUGAGCAUCGAUAAAGAUUCUUCGAAAUGGUCGAUUCUAGUUCAGAAUGAAGGUGAAGAAUCUUUAAAAGCAAAAAUUGUUCUUCCAGUUAGCUCUUCACCAGAUCUGACACUGCCAAAACACCAGAGUCAAAGGGUAAACAUAUCCAUCAAUAAAGACACAAACAAAAUCAUACUAGACGCAGGGAAAGGAGAGUGUGUGCUUCACAUGUACCCACCAGAAGAAAACACCUUAUCCAUCCACCUUCCUUCCUACGAAAAGCUAGUGACCCCCAUCAACGGCGCCUACUUCUUAAUAGUAUCCGUCGUUAUCUUCGGGGGAGCUUGGGGAUUUUGCCUGUGCCGGAAGAAUCGCCGUGGAGACGACAACGGAGUGCCUUACCGUGAGCUAGAAUUGAGCGGAGGAGGGACAGGCUUGGAAAGCGUCCACGACGUGGAGACAGCGGACUGGGACGAGGGCUGGGAUGAUGAUUGGGAUGAGAAUAACGCUGUGAAAUCCCCUGGUGGUGCAGCAAACAGUGCCAGGAUCUCUGCCAAUGGAUUGACAGCGAGAGCUUCGAACCGAGACGGCUGGGAUAAUGACUGGGACGAUUAGUAUAUUUUUUGUGUGGAUGGGCGAACUAUUACUUAAAAGGGUCAUAACCACUUGGAUACAGAUUCCUGCAAAGAAGACGAGACAUACAGAAAGGUUUAAUGUAUACGCAAAAUUGUUUUUUCUUUUUUCUUUUCUAAGCUGGAGAAAUGUUACAUUUUGUACACAAGUCUCCCAACCAGAACCUGUUGUGUUUUGUUUUGCAACUCUUUAGUUUCAUAUUUUGUGUAACUUGUAUACCAAGGCAUUCAGUUUUGUAGUUUACUUUCCAUUUGAUACUUUUACCCAAUUUUCCUGAUUA